UGAGUUAUUUGCUUAUUAAUUUUAAAAAGGAAUAUCAACUGUUCCAUGAGCUAGAUCCAAGGAACUCAAAGCUGAUCUAAUCAUGGCAUCGCACUUACGCUAUGAGAUAGAAAAAAUACUUGCCAAGGUUCAGUUCUUUCUCUCUAUUUAUGACGAUUCAAACAUUCAAAAUGGCACAGAUAAAUUGGAUGUCCUCAAUGAGAUAGCAGACUAUGUGGAGGGAGUCCCUGACAUGACACUUCCAAUUGAGGAAAUAUUUAAAUGCAACGAGGAAAGGACUUUAGAUGGAUCAAUACAGCGUAGUGAGCACCGUGCGUGUGGCUUCUUUUUGGAUUCUCUGAGGAAAAUAGAGCCAUAAGUGAUUCAUUUCGAAUAUUAUGGGAGGCUAUAGUUGUUCUUUUCUAUUAGAUUUAUACGUCCGUUGAUCGUUAUUAUCAGCCUAACCUAUAA